AUGAUUUCUCAGUUUUUCAGAACAGUUUUGCGUAACAAAAACAAUACCGGUAUCCGCUACUAUGCCAAAAAUCCUCUCGAAAAGACUUUAAAUAUAAUAUCAAAAGAUAUUCCAUCCUAUUUUGGUUCAAAAGACAAGUCGAUUUUAUAUCCAGAGCAUACCGAUAUAGUUAUUAUAGGUGGAGGUUUCAUAGGAUCUGCCAUUGCUUACUGGUUAAAAAAGAGAGCUGCUGACGGUUUAUCUGUAGUAGUCCUUGAAAAGGACUUUUCAUAUAGAAAUGCACAAAAUAGUAUAUCCUUGGGUACAUUAACCCAACAUUUUUCUCUGCCAGAAAAUAUUGAACUCUCUAAAUACUCAGUCGAAUUUUUGAGGAAUAUACAUGUUCACUUAGGACAUCAUAUGGAUAUUCAGUACACGCCUACGGGUGCCCUAACACUAGCAAGUGAAGAAUAUGCACAGAAAAUGGAGCAAAAUGUUACAAUGUUGAAUGAACUUGGUAUAAAGAACAUUCUUCUAACACCAGCUGAAAUAAAGGAAAAAUAUCCAUGGAUUAAUACGGAUGAUGUCAAAUUAGGAUGCAUGGCAAUAGAGGCUGAAGGAACAUUUGAUUCCUGGGCAUUAUUGAGAUCAUUGGUAACAAAAUCCAGGGAAUUGGGAGCCAAUUAUGUGAAUGGUGAAGUGGUCGGUUUUGAACUAGAAAAACAAAAAGAUGUGCUCAUGGAAGGUGUAACCCCAGGAGGAUAUGAAAGACUAAACAGAGUUGUAUACAAAACUGAGGAUCAAGAAGAACAUUCAAUAAAGUUUGCUAUUUGUGUCUUAGCAGCUGGCAGUGAUUCUGGCCCCAUUGCUAGAAUGGCGAAAAUAGGAACAGGAGAGAAUAUUUUAAGUGUACCACUCCCAAUUGAAGAAAGAACAAGUGAUAUUUAUUCUAUACAAGAUAAAGCUGUAGAAACAGGAUUAAAAACUCCACUUGUUAUGGAUACCACAGGACUAUGGCUAAUGAGAAAUGGUUUGGGCAAUGAUUUGUUAUGUGGAACUUUACCGCUGAUGAAAGAUGAUACAAAAAAUGUAUCGAAAACAGAAUAUUUAGAAAAUGUUAUCAAGCCUUCCCUAAUAAAUCGUUUUCCUAUGUUCAAAAAUGAUGAGUUAGAGAGGUUCAGUACUGAUAAAUAUGACUGCAACACAUUUGACAACAGUGGAAUAAUAGGACCACAUUCAUACCAUAACAACUUAUUUCUUGCAACUGGAUUUGGUAAACAAGGAUGUCAACAUGCACCAGGUAUUGGAAGAGCAGUAACGGAACUUAUCAUUGACAGUCAAUACACAACCAUAGACUUGACUAGGUUUGGCUUCGACAGAUUCUUAAUUGAUGAAAGAAGUAUAGAAUUCAAUGUAUAUUAA